AUGUCGAACCUUUCCUCCGAAUUUCGUGAAUACGAGGCUGAUGAUCUCGAAGCUCUCAUAGGUGAAGGAUCCGGACCCCAGAUUCAAUCCGGAGAUGGGUUUGAUCUUCACCCCCAGAGUGAAUCAACUAUCGAUUCUCUCAAUGAUCUUCGUAGAGUAUGUCUCAUCCCCCCUGAGGUUGAGAUGGUAGUCCCGGAGCCCUUCGAGUCUCCAGAAUCGGGGCGAGAAGGUUACUGCUGUGCCUAUGAAAUUUAUUUCAAAGGGUGCGGCUUAUUCUUUCCCCUUCCUGAGGUGCUUCUCGUCUACCUCAACCAUCUGGGAAUUGCUUUCUCCCAGAUGUCGCCCAACAUGCUUCGGUGUCUUUUGUGCACCCUCACUGUUGCGGCGGAGGUGGGCUACUCAUUGGGACUUUGCGAACUCCUGGAACUUUUCCAAGCUCGCGAAUCCCGAACUUCUGGGUAUUAUGCCCUUUAUCCGAACGCGGAUCGUCCUCAGAUUCGACCAGUUCCAUCCAUCGAUUUUCUCAAUAUUUACAAGGCCGUCUUGGAGAGGCCAGUUAAUUGGAAUUCUUUUACUUUGGAAAGGAUUCACGGCGCCGGGUUUUCUGUCAGAAUGACACUUACUCGCCCUGUCGACCCUCCUCCUGCUGAGAUUGAUCUCUCGAGUCUGAAUGCCCGAGAUAGGAGAAAGAUCAAAGAAGCAAACAAGAGGAUCAAAGAUCAGAUUUCACUAGUUGGGAGAGACAAGAAAAAUGCAACUUCCACCGGAGACGACAAGGUCUACCGGAAAACUCUCCUGGUUGACGAUGGAUCUCUUGAAGGUUCAAAGUCAAUGGCGGUUGCUGUGAACAAUGCUUCUCCCUCCAUCCCAGCAGCAGACAAUGUGGUUGCUGCCACCGUUGAGGAGGAAGGCCUUGCAAGUGACACUUCUCUUAUGAAGAAGAGGAAGGCCGAGGAACUUGGACCCCUGCCCCAGGGACGUCCCAAGAACACAAGGAAGGGCAGAGCCGCUCCUUCGAAUCUGCCAAUUCCUGAACCUGCUGAAGCUCAGGAUGCAAAUCCUGAUUCAGGAACUGUUUUGAAGGAACCACUGGGUUCAGGGAUGCUACCCCCUAGACGCCCCCGAGGCAAUACUUCUAGGGUUCGAUCAUCUCCGAACUCAGGACUGGUUGCCAGAGCUUCGUCUCAAGCCGAUAAAGAGAAGAUCGGGAAUAUGUUUAGGUGCUUCCACACCCGUGCUGGGAAGAAGCUUCCAUCCUUUGAUUGGUGGAAGCCUGAUAUCAAGAAGAUGUAUAUCAGUCAUUCAUUUCAUUCUUCCCAGGCAACUUUGGAUGUGAAUGGCAUUGUCAACUUUUACGAAGAGGAGCUCGCCAAAGUAUCCAAGAAAGUUGCUGCCUCUGAAGGAGAGAUUGAGAAACUACAAUCUUCCAGUCGGCUUGUUCAGGAGUCUGCUGGCCUCGACUCGGCUCACCGGGAAGAGAUCGAGAGACUCAAAAGAUCCGGCGAGGAGACAAGGAAGACUUUGAUUGAGACAGAGCAAAAGCUAGAGACUGCCCUUGCUGAACAUAACUUCGCAAAAGGCGAGAUUGAGCUUCUGAGAUCAGAGCUUAACAAGGUUAAAGCAGCUGCUGAGGAGCUCGAACGCAAAAAUGAGUCUCUUUCCGAACUGAAAGAUCGCGAUGUUCGCAAAAUAUCUCAUGAUGCUCGGAAAGAGAUUAAGGGAGCUGGGCAAAAGUUUCUUCUUGCUGUGCAGGAAUUUAUCGCUGCAGACAAAGCUUGGAACAAACUCAGCUCCGAACGUGAUGAGAUGAAAAGCAACCUCGAUCUGAUCAAGGAGAUAGAGGAAGGAUCAAUCAAUUUGGCUGAAGAGAAGGAGACAGUGGGCGCUGAGCUCGCCGAGACUGAAGCCAAGCUAGCUAACGCUCCCCAGCCAUAUUUGAAUUUGCAGCAGUUUGCUUCUGAGUUCGCUGAUUCCCCUCCACUGACUGAACCAAGUAUUGGUCUAUCCCAGGAUGAGAUGCUGUUAACUGGUUCUCCUCGUGCUCAUUUUAAUGAGUUUAGAACCAAUGUUGACAGAAUCUCCCCGGGACGAGCUCAGGGGCUCUCUGAUCAAGGGCUUGUCAUCUCCUCGAUUAUGGGAGACAAUGUUGAAUCGAGGAACGAAACUCCUCACGAUGCUAGCUCGCUUAACCCCGAAGUGGUUCUCGCGGCUCAAGAGGAUGACGUUGGGGGUGCUCUUGUCUCAAGUCAAGUAAGAGAAGAAGGCGGUUCGCCUAUGAAUGAAUGA